UGUUUACUCAUGCUACUUGAGCCAGAGAGAAAGAGAAACUCUGCCUGAGGGAUCUACUAUGCUUUUAGUUCGUUGUUCCUUUGAGACACGGAUUCCGGAUUCCAGAGGACAAUAGUAGCUGAUACUAUUUCAAGCUGCUGGGGCAGAGAAACUCCAUUAAUCUCUGGAACAUCUUCCUGAAGCGGUAGUCAGGGAAAGGAUCCUGUUCUCCAAGAGAAUUCUUUUGCAUUCUGCAAAGUUGUGAGAUGGGUGAAGUCAAUAGACAUCAACUCUAACCCCAUUAUCUCAUACUCCAGCGGAGUUGGCAAACUACAACACACGGGCCAGAUCUGGACUCGGGCUGUGUUUGCACAGUCUACAAGGUGAAGUAAUUCUGCAAGACGAUUGCAUAACGUGAUAGAGGAAAAUUUUAGCUUCCCUCACGCCCCCAAGCCACCGAAGGCGGCGACACCUGAUCCAGCGCACAAGCACGGGUCCCUUCUGUCCCCGGAUUCAAUUACGCGGCAGAGACACAUUCAAACUCACGCGCAGCAGCCCAGAGCUGAGAGAUUUGUCAAAAAUCCAUUGCACUGACUCUAGUCCAGCCUGCACCUUGUUUUCCUCAAUACCAAUUCUCAGAGAGCGAUGAAGUCUUACACUCCGUAUUUCAUGCUCCUGUGGAGUGCUGUGGGGAUAGCAAAGGCUGCCAAAAUCAUCAUCGUGCCGCCAAUUAUGUUUGAAAGCCAUAUGUACAUUUUCAAGACACUAGCCUCAGCCUUGCACGAGAGAGGACACCGCACAGUGUUUCUCCUCUCCGAAGGUAGAGACAUCGCGCCAUCUAAUCAUUACAGCCUCCAGCGAUACCCAGGGAUUUUUAACAGUACCACCUCGGAUGCUUUCCUGCAGUCCAAAAUGCGGAAUAUUUUCUCUGGGAGAUUGACAGCAAUCGAACUGUUUGACAUACUGGAUCACUAUACCAAGAACUGUGAUAUGAUGGUUGGCAACCGUGCCUUGAUUCAGGGUCUGAAGAAGGAGAAGUUUGACCUGCUGCUGGUGGACCCCAAUGACAUGUGUGGGUUUGUGAUAGCUCAUCUUUUAGGGGUUAAAUAUGCUGUAUUUUCAACUGGCCUUUGGUACCCAGCGGAAGUGGGUGCUCCCGCCCCAUUAGCUUACGUCCCAGAGUUUAACUCACUCCUCACAGACCACAUGAACUUGCUGCAAAGGAUGAAAAAUACCGGCGUUUACCUCAUUUCCAGAUUAGGGGUCAGCUUUCUGGUUCUUCCCAAAUACGAAAGGAUAAUGCAGAAGUACAACCUGCUGCCGGAGAAGUCCAUGUACGACUUGGUCCAUGGGUCCAGUCUGUGGAUGCUGUGUACAGAUGUGGCGCUGGAGUUUCCAAGACCCACUCUGCCUAAUGUUGUGUACGUAGGAGGAAUCCUCACCAAACCGGCCAGCCCACUGCCAGAAGAUCUCCAGAGGUGGGUAAAUGGUGCUAACGAACAUGGCUUUGUCCUGGUAUCUUUCGGAGCUGGUGUCAAGUACCUGUCCGAAGACAUUGCUAACAAGCUGGCUGGAGCUCUGGGGAGACUGCCCCAGAAAGUGAUCUGGAGGUUUUCUGGAACCAAACCAAAGAAUCUAGGAAACAACACUAAGCUCAUAGAAUGGUUACCACAAAAUGACCUGCUUGGGCAUUCAAAUAUUAAAGCCUUCCUGAGCCAUGGUGGUUUGAAUAGUAUUUUUGAAACUAUGUAUCACGGUGUACCUGUAGUGGGAAUCCCACUCUUUGGAGACCACUAUGAUACUAUGACUCGGGUCCAGGCAAAAGGCAUGGGGAUAUUGCUAGAAUGGAAGACUGUUACUGAAGGAGAGCUGUAUGAAGCAUUGGUGAAAGUUAUCAAUAAUCCCAGCUACCGUCAGAGGGCCCAGAAGCUUUCAGAAAUCCACAAGGAUCAGCCUGGUCACCCUGUCAAUCGGACUGUCUAUUGGAUAGAUUACAUUCUUCGUCACAACGGAGCCCAUCACCUACGUGCCGCUGUCCAUAAAAUCUCUUUCUGUCAGUAUUUUUUACUGGAUAUAGCCUUUGUGCUUUUGCUUGGUGCUGCCUUGUUUUACUUUUUUUUGUCCUGGGUGACAAAAUUUAUCUACAGAAAAAUCAAAAGUUUGUGGUCUAGAAAUAAGCAUAGCACAGUUAAUGGACAUUACCAUAAUGGAAUCCUCAAUGGCAAGUACAAAAGAAAUGGCCAUAUUAAACAUGAAAAGAAGGUGAAAUGAGCCAGCAGCCCACAGGAUAGUAACAAAUCUGUUCAGUCAUUCACCUUUUAUCACUAUAAUUUAGUCUAACAACUACUAAAAGUUAAAUGUCAGUAAACAAUUCUAACACUCCGUUACCUGAUCUUACUAACAAAAUUCUGUGGAAUUAAGAUGGCUGUAAAAAGCACAAACCUAAAAUGCAAAAAUGUAUCUUAUUCGAAUACUGAUACAGAGAGUUUUGGCACUGAA